AUGGCCAGCACAGUUCUGGCAAGGAUCGUUCAGUCUUCGCAAUCAUCGCCACCAGGAACUCCAGUGUCACGAUAUUCAUUGAACCAUGAGCCUUCAACUCAAGACUCUUCACUUCCCUCCUUUGCUACACAUCUCACCUACAAGCACGGCAGUGUCCUCCAUAUCGAUUCCGAGCGGUCAGGCGCACGCCGGGCACAGGUGGAUGAAAGAGAUAAACUUUAUACCCCACCGCUCACAAGAAACGACAAUUAUCAUGAUACUCCCAUAAGACAUUCUAUAAGACACGAUAGCCUUGCCCUUGUCCGAGAUGACCCAGAACCUGCGGAGAACGAAAUGCUGCCUUCACCAAAAUACCCCCAAAGUUCUCAAGAUCGAAACCAAAUUCCGCACACAACUAGAAUCGACGUUUCGCUUCAACGGGGUCUUCAGGAUGUAGAUUCUCAGCUGCAGGUCGUUCAUAGCCUGCGAGCUACAGCCCGAGACAAGGUCAGGCAACGAGAAGCAACAAUUUCUCAACUUGAUGGUGUACUGUCAGACCUUUCGCGAUUCCUUCGAGAUUCAAAAAUUGGUGGAGAAGAGCAUGAUAAAAUUUUUGCUCUUAUUGCGGACGCUGAAAGCCUGUCGAAGCAGAUAAAAAUACAAAAUGUAGUCAUUGAUGAUGCACAUGCAAUGCUCGAACCUGCCGAAAGGACACUCGAACGGCUACAAAUUGGUAUAUACGAACAGAUUUUAUGGCCAAUGGACCAAGUCUCACUGGAGCAAGAGAUCACGAAUCAGACGCUUUCAAUAAUAUCUGGCCAGAACAUGGCAACAGAUUUGCUAAGCCAAAGGGAGAUCAAUAACGCACUCCCGACGAAACGGCCACCGGCAAACCAGCUGGAAUCGCGACCUAGAGAGGAGACGCUCAUUCCACUAGAGGUGAUGCGUAUGGAGCCGUUGCAAGGAAUGCUAAGGCAGGGAGGUCCUCCAGGAGAAGAAAUGCAUAAAUCCCAACCUGAGCAUCAUUCUAGUCCCGUUCAGCAACUCCCAAACUACUUGGAAAAUCUCGUCGCAAGUGUCGGAGUAAGACAGGAUCACCAUUUCACGGCGGCAGAGAUCCGGCUUUCGAGGCUGUGGCCGCAGAAGCACCAGGUCAUCGCACGCCUACUGAAAGAUCAACAAGACUUCAUCGUGUUACAGGAAGAUGCUGAAACGAAGCUGACCUUCGGCAUCGCUAUGGAUCCUUAUUCUCAAGAAUAUCUCGAUAGCUAUCAGGAGACUCAUGAUGCACUUGAAAAUCAACUUGCUGAGAUUGAGUCUGAAAUCAAUCGUUGCACGCAAAUUGUUAAUCAUGGGAAUGAACAGGUUGCUCUUGUGUCGCAGAUAUUCUUCCAUAUGGACCAGUUCGCAGAUGUCAGCACAAAUGAUCGGGAAUCGGCGCUCAGUAUUGGUAAUGGCGAGGACUUGGAAGCACGUUGGGAUGUGUUCGAGGCUCUCGCAACCGACCUUUGGCCAGUCUCAACGACUAUCCACUACCCAAAGUAUACCAGAAGCUGGUUAUCAAUGACUUUGGCGGUCCUGCGGACGCGCAAGGAGGUUAUGUUUGCUUAUGUCUCAUUUUGGUUUUUGAAGUGCCAGCAAGCCUCCUGGCUGUCAUUCUCCAGAUUUAUUCACUAUCACUACCUGGAUGACAUGCUUGCGCCUAAUUACAGAGCAAUUAAAACCCGUCUGCUCACUUCCUGGUUCGACCAUGAUCUCCAUAUUAGCCUACGGAAGUCUAUAAAGAGACCGACAAGGCAUCAUACUUCAAAAUCUCUUACCUUCGAUGACGACUUUGAUGAAAACACCAGGGACGGAAUGACCAGCCCCCGCUGGUCCGUAGGGGCUCAGGUCGAUGGCAAUAUAUUCCCAAAAUCUACAACACAUCGGAAAGAUGAUCGAUUUAUACCCAAAGCUGCGCGACGUCUCAUGAGAUCACCGCUACGGCGGUGGCGUUCGAGGAGUUCGCACGCAAAGUCUCUCACACAAUGA